UGAUAAGAUGGUUAUAAAUUAAGAUGUUUUGUAAAUAAACAAAUAAGAAGACAUUUGUUGGAUAAAAUGUAUCAAAUUAUAUCACAUGACAUUUUAUUUUUAAUCAUCAUCAGUGUUUUGCUAAUUAAAACUAAUUAUGCUGCUUAUUUUUCUGAUGUUCAUUGGAGUACAGCUAUAAAGUUAUCACAGUACGAGAGCUAUAGAUCAGUUACCCUACUUUCAUACAAUGUACCAGAACAAACAGCAGAUGUUUCCUUCAGUUUCCAGGCAAAAACAUCAGGCAAAGCUUGCACAUUCAGAGAAGUUCAUGUAUACCUUCAGCAAGGGAGUUAUCCUUUGGUGACCCCAUACAAUGAGACAUAUCCACCAAAUUUCUACUUGAAUAGGACAGAUUUGUUUCACAUUGAGAUACAGAAAGAUGCAGAUGCUGUGUCAUAUAUAAUCUCUAGUCCGAGACCUGGUAACUGGUAUUUUGCGGCUUUUCUGCCUAAACCCACUUCAGAUAAAAUACAGAUAAAGGAGUUAGAUAAGUCAUGUAUGUAUGGAAUGUUUGUGGUGGUAGAGUCCAGGGGUUAUGAUAACAUUGAAGAGAUAUCUACAGAAAAAUCUCAGCAUGUCCAUCUGACCCAACAAGCCACACAAUCACAGGCCCUAUACAGGUUUGUUUUACCCAAGGACACAGUAGAAUAUACAGUAAAAAUAGACAAUUGUAUAGUGACAUCAUUAGAUACAUCAGCUGAACAAACUAACACCUCAAAUGUGAAUGAAACAGAACCAGUGUUGCCAUCAAGGUCAACCAAUUGUCCUAUAGUGAUGACGAUUGAGGCAGAGAUGUUACCGAGCCCAAAAUCAAAGUUCAAAUUGGCAUGUGGAAAUAAGACAGUGUGCAGUAAAACAGUUUUAUCACCAGUACUUCAUAAAUGGAUGUACAUUUUGUUAACAGUUGACAAUGACUUCAAUGUGUCGGAGAUUCAGUUCCAAUUACAUUUUGAGAAGAAAGGCUGUGAAUCAUUGAAACUGUUGUUACCAAAGACAAUAUAUGAAGCUACAACAAGAGACAAGAAUUCCAACAGUUUACAGCUUUCCCAGGAUUCCUGCAUCAAAAUGGCUUCCCUUGGACGAUUUAUUUUUAACCAGCUGACCUUUAACCUCUCAUACCUUUUGUCUGAACCAGGACCUAUACCUAUCCCAGCUAUGUUAGAUAAACUUUACAUCCCAGAUUAUCAGGUGUUAGUUACAGAUAUCAGUGUACAAGAAGGCACAGAUAUAGGAGGAACUUUAGUGUUAGAUGUCAGAUUUAUAAAGGCUUCUUUAGAAACUUCCAAACAUUCCAUAGUAUUGUUUGUAUGUCUGAUGAAAAAUUCUAUACCUGGAGGUGAAACGAUUGCAUCAUGUGAGACUGGUGUACAGAUAAUCCUGAAUACAACAUCUGAACAACUCAAGGACACAGUCUAUGUGCCAUACCCAGAGGUGGGAAUAUGGUACCUGGCUCUCAAUAGUAGAUGUUACAAAAAGGAUACCAAGGCUGUAACCAGGUGUCUAGGAGCGCCUCAAGUGGACAUUGACUUGUCAAUAUCUGGAUGUUUAGAUGGUCAAUGUGGCGAGUAUGGUGCCUGUCAGGAUUAUAUCAGUGGCGUUCAUGUGUUCAGCUCAUGCAAGUGUUUUGCAGGUUGGCGGGGCUACGGCUGUACCGACGGUACACAUGGACGGAGUAAGAAUGAAGAGUUAGUUGCGUUGCUGCUGCUUACUUUAAGCAAUCUGUUCUUUAUUCCGUCAAUUAUUGUCGCUUUGUACAGACGUUACUUCACAGAGGCAGCAGUGUACACUUACACCAUGUUUUGGUCUGCAAUAUAUCAUGCAUGUGAUGCAAGUGACCUUGUUUAUUACUGUCUCCUGGACUAUGAUCUACUCAGUUUUGCUGAUUUCUUGGGCUCAAUAUAUUCCUUUUGGGUGACAAUGUUAGCAAUGGCAGUGAUACCAACAAAAGUUCGAACCUUUGCACAGGCAUUAGGAGCUUUAGGUGUAGCGGUCGGGGUAGAGUAUAAACGCCAUGGAAUUUUUGCCUUUGCUCUCCCUGCAGGCAUUGCUGCAAUAGUUAUGUUUGGAUCUUGGGGCUUGCAAUGUAAAAGACGUAGAAAGUUGUUUCCGCAAAAGAGAUACAUUCUUCUGCACCUUAUACCUGGAGUAGUUCUAGCAUUUACAGGUAUGGGGAUAUUUGCAUUCCUAGAGACAGAAGAGAACUACAAGUAUACUCACAGUUGUUGGCAUGUUGCCAUGUCUCUAUCAGUUGUAUUCCUGCUCCCAGGACGACAAACCAAAGGUAUAGAUAUCACUGAGACUAGUUCAAAUAACCUUACUAACAGUAAUAGUGCUACUAACUCACGGAUAGUGCUCAGUUCCUACGCUGAUAUGCCCAAUGGUCAUGUGACCAGUAGUGAAAGUGUGGAAAUCAGCAUGGGAGAUAAUCCAGCAUAUUCUCCACCUGAGUAACAUAAAGUGAUUCUCACGCUUUUGUAGUUAUAAUGCUUUCUCAUUAUAUGCUCAUAUACUAACAUUGAUUGAUCCCUAUGUUAUAAAAUACUUGCUUUUUAUUUGAGAUUUGUUCAUCAUAACAAGGACAAUGGGCUUGGUAUUGAAAUUAUUUUUGAAAGAAAUCCAUAGAAGUGAGAGAGAAAAAAUGCAUUAUUUUUAAUAUUUUUUUUUAACUUGAUAUAUUAAAUGUGCAUCAAGCUUCUUUAGCUAAUAAUUAUGUUUACAAGAAAAAGUGACAUAAACAUGUAUUGACCAAAAUUUUGUUUUUUACGUAUUUUUAUAAUAUGAUCGGUGAAAGUUUUCAGGAUUAUUCUUGAACUUAAGAUCUUUUUUUAAAAUGAAACUACCGCAUAUAAGCAUAGUUUUAAGCAUAAAAGUAUAAAACUGUCACCAAUGCACAUGUACAAAAGUUUCUUACAGAAAUAUUGCCUUUUCAACACAUUCCUGAAAAUGUUUUUUGUAAACUGAAUUUUUUUUUUUUUUUUUGUAAAAAAAACAUCAAAUGAUUAAAGGCAGUUAACUUUCCUUUCAUGUACAUUUUUUUCUCUGAUUAAUAUGAAUUUAAUUCUUCAUAAUUUUGAAAACAUACUUACGAAAAUAUCAAAAUUCUAGAUACAUCGUUUUCCAAUUAGUUUGAUAAUACACUUGUACCAUCCUAGUUACAAAUAGUAUAUGUUUUAAUAGGAAAUAAGCUGGACUUGGAACAGUCUGUUUUUAUUCUUGCAUGUUAGACUGGAUUUUUUAGUGUUUGCACCAGUCCUGUGCUUGAUAAUGCCAUCUUAUACCAUUAAAUCAACUUUAUAAAUGAAUUGCAUGUUUUAGGAUGGUGUCAUUCCACUAUUAUGAAUAUGGCUGUAAAUAAAUACACUACUAUUGUAUAGUGAAAUUAAUAAAAAGCACAACACAUUAAUUAUAAAUAAUUUAACAAUACAGCACUUUUAAAGGUUAUUCUCAACACCUUUUCUGAAAAUAUUAAACACUCCAAGAUGAUAACUACUUUGCUAGAUCUGUUUCCCUAUUUCAAAGGUCAAGGUCACAAUUUACAGAUUAAUGGAAACAAACUUCAUAUGAUUUGCAUACCAUUGUUCUUGACUUAUUUCCUAUAAGUUAUUGAAGGAAUUUGACAUAAACUGAUCGAUUCAACUGUCUUGACAUGACAAUAACAUGUUGUUGUGCAAUAAUUUCUCAAAGGUCAAAGGUCAUACUAAGAGUGAAUAUACCUUUUCUCUUGAAAUUUAGUUCUCCUUAAUGGCUUAGCUAAAUGGGAAGAGUACGGGAUUUGUAUUUCAGGGAUUGCUGGUUUGAUCCUUGAAUGAGAUGAAAUUUCUCUAAAGACAGCUAAUCUCGGACAUUGUGUCUAAUGGUCAUUUGUCUCCCACCACUAAUUGUUAAAUCAGUUGGUUUAUGCAGUUGCUCACUUGCAAAGAUAUUAAUCAUAACUGAUUAAGUUGCUAUGGAAAGCUGGUUAAAGUACCAAACUACUGAUAAGUUACAGGGAAGCCUGGCUUAGUGGACCAACAGUGGACCAAUGGCUGAGAUAAUAAACUAAAGUGUGUUAAAAUUAUACAAAUAAAUUCUGAGUAUUACUUUAUAGUGCCAGGUCAUGUGUGCAAUAAAAAUUCACAAUUUUUAUAAGCUUUUUUCAAGUUUAGCAUAUGUAAACUGUUGUUGUGUUGUUUUUUUUUAUCUUACACAUGCUAUGUGUAUAAUCAUGUUCAUAUUCUUUUAUGUUGAUUCAGAUUAAAUGUAAGAAGCAGUCAGCAUUUUUAGAUGUGAACUUUCUGCGAAACAUAUCCUUGAAAUUCAUGCCAAAAUUUUUUUCUAUAGUAUGCUUAAAGCUAUUUUUAUUUUGCAAGUGCCAAAAUGAUAGCAAUCUGCCAUUUUACAAGUAAUUUCUACUUCAAUGUAUAAAUUAUGAAUUCGAAUGUUUAUGCAUUUUUGUUUGUGAAAUUUUAUUAUUAUUAUCAUGGUAUGAGUUUUUUUGCAUGUCACAAAUUUUGCGAGAAAGCAAUGGUAAUGAUUAGAUUGUAAAGAAGCAUGUUAAAUCUUGCUUUAUAAUCAAAUACAGCUGGGAUAGAUGAAAAUGUGACCUUUGUAGUGUUGUAAAACAGGAACAAUGCAGAAAAAUAACCAAAAAAUAAAACACAUUGAGGAAAAAAAUGGAUUUUUUUGCUGCAUUGUCAUUGUUUUAUAAAGUGUCAGGACCAAUUUUAUUCUGUACUUUAAUUUAUGGUAAUAUUAAUAUUUUGUUAGUACAUAAACAAUGUUGUUAUGUUUUUCGGUCCAUUUGGGUAAUUGAUUGCUUAGGGCAGUGCUUGGGUGUGGGGUAGGGGUACAGUGAGAGAUGUUGCCUCCAUGCAUGAUCAGGGUCAGUGAAACAGACUCAGCAAUUUUCACCCAUUUAUUUUUGUUAACCUAGCUCUAAAGGGAUUUAAGGAUUUUUAAAACACCUUUUCUCUGUAACCAAAGGUCAUUUCAGAAUAGGUCACAAAAAGAAUGGGAGUAUGAAAUUAUUUAUUGAUUUUAAAUAUUUGCUUGCAAAUUUGUAUUGAUUUCAAAUGAAUGUAGAAUAUUAAUUUUUGAUAAUUCGAUACCUAUUCGAUUUAAACCAGCUAUUAAAAAAAAAAAAACAAGGUUAAUGAAAGUGCUGGUAUUGUAGUAGAAUGGGGUAAGAUACAAUUUAUUUACUUUGGAAAAUUAGUCAAUCAGACCUAUAUCAAAUUAAAGUAAAUCAAACAUAUGCAUAUUAUCAAUAUGUUAAUAGUAAUACAAUUAAUACUAAUAUCACUUUUUAAUGUGUCUAAUUAUUUAAUGACCAUUGAUUUAAUUAUUUAAUGCUGUUGAUUGAACUGUAAUCAAAAAUAUUACUUCAGUUAUAUGUAUAUAAAUUUUAUUCAUAAUAUCAUUGAAUUUCGCAAUGUAAAAUUUAUAAUUAAUACACCAGUUAAUUGUUACCCCUUCUUCCCUCACCCCCUUAUACCUAAUCUUAGGGUAAAAUGGAGGAUAGUGGUAGAAAUGAACUAAUGUAAUACCUUUCAUCUAUCCUGGUGUAAUUAAGGUGGUGGGUUUCUUUUAGCUUGAAGUGUGAGGGCAUUAAGCAGGAAUUUUACAAUUGACUUGAGGAUAUAAUUGAGGAAAGUGUCUCAAGGAGUAGCCUGAUUUUAUUUCUCUUUUUUUACAUACCAAGUAUGUCAGAUAUACUCUGAUAUGUUAUUGUCCAUCAGUAUGACUGUAUGUUUGUAACAUAAUUUCUAUCUGUGUAAUAUCUGUGGAAAAACUUAUGAUUGUGAUUAUUUCUAUUUUGCAUACUUUGUUUAAUAUCACAGAUCAACUUCUACUUUUGGUACAAUGCAUUGACUUAUACACUAUUUAAUAGCCCUCAAAGAAAUUUACCAUCAGGACUUUAACACACUGUAACUGCCUCUAUGUCUUGUAGGGAAAGGUGCCAUUUGCAUGUUAUUCAAUACAUUACAUGAGAAAAAAUGUAAACAUGAUUAAGCUUUAACCUGACCUUUUAAUAUCCUGUAUAUUUUUAGCUCGCCUAAGGUGAGCUUUUGUGAUCGCAGUAUGUCUGUUGUCUGUAGUUAUCCACAAUUUCUUAAACAACAUUUCCUAAACCACUUGAUAGAAUAUGCCUUUACUUCAACAGAAUUAUUUCGGUUGUCCUCUACAAAGGUUUUAAUGGUACCAGUCUGAUGGCAGAAGCUAAAGAUAUACUUGAAAACUUUAAAUAUCUUCCUUAGAAUCUACAAUGCAGAGAGCUUAAAUAUUUGGCAUUUAGCAUUACCAUAUGAUCUUCUACAAAGUAUAUAUGAAUCAUGACCCUGCAGUCAAUGACAGCCCAACCAUAUGGGUUACUUAGUUGACAUAGGCUUAUAUAGGAAAAUUCUUUUAAGUCUUCUUUUAUGAAACUGCAAUGCUCAGUGCAUAGAUAUUUGUCAUGUAUUAUAACUAAGUGGACCUCUACAAAAGUUAUAUAAAUCAUGGCCGUAUGGUCAAAAUUGGCCCCAACCUAGGGGUCACUUUAUUUACAUGCUAUUGUAUAGUAAAAUUAUCUUUAACAAUUGCAAUGCCUAGAUCUUAGAUAUUUAGCAUGCUGAAACACAGUGUGACCUCCUACAAAAGUUAAUAAAUCAUGUCCCUGGGGUCAAAAUUGGCCCUGCCCCAGGGUUACUUAGUUUAUAACAUUGUAUAGGAAAUAUAUACAUGUAUAAGUCUUCUUUUGUGAAACAACAAUGCUCAGAUACUCAGCUUAGAUAUUUAGCCUGUACCAUUGCCAAGUGGACCUCUAUAAAACAUGUAUAAAUUAUCAGUUAUCCUAAAAUGUUUCAGACUUCUACAAUAAUGCUCGCAUCAAAAUGAGGUACACAUAUAUUGGUCAAUCUCACAUAUGUGUACUUUAAAGUUUGUAUACAGCUAUGUUUUAACAUAGCAUGAUGUGUUAAAGUUGGCCUUUAUUAUUGUGAAAUUGUUACUGAUUGUUAAAGAAUUUUUGAUAUAUACUUACUUUUAAAUUAUGUAAAGAAAUAAAGAAGAUUGAUAUAUAUAUUUGUUUUGUUAAAAUUUGUCUAACAACAAAGAAGAAUUUACACAAAGUUACAUUGAUUUAGAUGCAUGUACAGUAUAUUUUACUUUUAUAGAAAAUAUUUACAAUUUUUGUUAAGCUGUCUGCUUGUGAUUUAUUUUCUACAGAACAUUUUGAAAUGUUAUGUUAAAAGAAAAUUUUGCGAAAUACUGAUUAAAGUUUAAACCAGCAUGCCAUAGUACGCCUUG